AUGGGCAACCUUCCGCGGGACAGAGUGACCCCCGCACGGCCGUUCACGAAGACUGGAGUCGAUUACGCUGGGCCCGUGGCUGUUCGCACCAGCAAGGGACGCGGACAGCGCACCACCAAGGCCUUCAUAGCGGUGUUCGUCUGCCUCAGCUCCAAGGCGGUUCACCUGGAAUUGGCGUCCGAUUACACCUCCGAGGCCUUCCUGGCGACCUUUCGCAGAUUCACCGCCCGCAGAGGCCUCUGCACGGACAUGUAUUCGGACUGUGGAACCAAUUUCGUGGGGGCCGACAAGGAGCUCAGGCGUCUCUUCCAAGCCUCCUCGCGCGACGGCCACCGUAUCGCCCGAGAGGCCGCUACCUCUGGAACUAAGUGGCACUUCAACCCCCCUGCCGCUCCUCACUUCGGAGGACUCUGGGAGGCUGCGGUAAAAUCAACCAAGCACCAUCUCCGGAGGGUGAUCGGCGAGGCAAAGUUGACGUUCGAGGAAUUCACCACCUUCCUUACUCAAAUAGAGGCUUGCCUCAAUUCCCGACCUCUUCGCGCGCUAUCCGAUGACCCCGAAGAUCUGUCCGCACUCACUCCUGGUCAUUUCUUGAUAGGCUCACCACUGCUAGCUGUCCCGGAACCGUCACGCGACGACCAGAGGGAAGGCUCACUCUCCCGGUGGCACAAUGUCCAAAGGAUGCGCGACCACUUUUGGAAACGAUGGUCGCACGAGUACCUUGCCGAAAUCGCAACCAAACCGAAGUGGCACAAACCAGCAAUCACACCGGAGAUCGGCGCACUAUGCAUCAUCCGCUCGGAGAACACUGCACCGACUCACUGGCCACUCGCGAGAAUCACGAAGCUGCAUCCGGGUGACGAUGGAGUAGUCCGAGUCGUCACCCUUAGGAUCGCGUCGGCGAUCCUUGUGCGUCCGGCCACGAAAAUUGUACCGCUGCCGGGCAUUCGUGCCGCUACGGCUGAAAUUUAA